ACAGUAGUAAGAUUAGCCUUUGAAGUGUCAGGGUGUAGCCAGUUCUUCUUCUAUACAUUUUUCUGCAGUAGUAUCAUUGUCGUCUCUUCUUCCUAAAUCACCACAAAAUGUCUAAAAUCACAGUCUAUAUUUCCACAGUUUCGAGCAAUUUGGAGUUAAAGAAGCAUCAACAAAAGAUUGAAUGCAUACUUGGCAACAACUACAAAGGCUGUGACAUUGAAUAUAUCGACAUAGCAACUUCUGUAGACCUCAAACAGAAAAUGCGAGAAGUAGCUAAUGAUCCCAAAGCACUUCCACCACAGUUUGCUAAAGGAGACAAGUAUCUUGGGGAUUUUAACGCUUUCGAUAAUGCAGUUGAAGAUGAGGACAUAGCAGGAUUUUUACAGAUUUGAGCAAAAUUUCAUUCAAUAACAGUCCAUGUAGUUGCAGAAUGCAUGAACAACGAUAGAAGAAUCAUGCGACUGAAUUAAUACAAGGCCAUAAAAACUAUUAAGAUAACAUUAUCAAUCAAGCAAUUUAUACUUUGUAAGAUUCAGUAAAUUUCCAAGAAUGUUGAAUUCUUAAUAUACACAGUUUAUUUCACAUUUUUGUCACAAUAUCAACUUUAAUAACACAGGAAAUUUUUUCAUGAUUCCCAUUCUGGCAAAUGUUUGGGUAAUUUCUGGGACUUUUAUGGGAAAUUCACAUAAAUUCCCAUGAUUGGGAAAAUGCAACAAAAUCUAAGGUUGGGAAAAAAUUGUAUUCCUUUCUGAAAUCCCCAAGAUUUGGGUUGUGAUUUCCCAAUAAUUUCCCAAAGUUCCCAUUUGGGAAAUUGAAAAAGUUUCCUGUGAUAACAUGCACCUUCUAAAAUUAUGCCAUAAAAUAAACACAAAAUGUUUGAGAAUUAAAUGAUACGUUUUUUAGUGGA